AAGAGCAUACUCAAGUCAUUCAUGCAUUUUCAUCAAGCACAGACAAAGAUCAACGAAGAUUAAAUCCUACUAAUUACUCCUUGGAAGUCUCAGAGCAAGUACUUCCCAAGAACUGGUGGUCAAAAUAUUCCCCCACAAAACAAGUAAGCUUAGAAAAGCUUUCUCAUAACCCUAACAAAAUGGAACUUUCUUUAAACCAUUCAACACCUAACAAAACCAAUAUAAAGAGCAACAACUCUGAAUUUUUCUACUUUGAGUCCUGUCCACCCCCUUCUCUAGCCUUGCUCCUAUUACUCAUAGCCUACACUGUGGUCUUAAUUGUGGGCCUUUCUGGAAACCUCUCUCUCAUCAUUAUCAUCUUCAAGAAGCAAAGAGAAGCUCAGAAUGUCACCAACAUACUGAUUGCCAAUCUCUCUCUCUCUGACAUUUUGGUAUGUGUUAUGUGCAUCCCUUUUACUGUCAUCUAUACUCUGAUGGACCACUGGAUAUUUGGAGAUACCAUGUGCAAACUCACUUCCUAUGUACAGAGUGUCUCCAUUUCUGUAUCCAUAUUCUCACUUGUGUUAAUUGCUGUUGAAAGAUAUCAGCUGAUUGUGAACCCCCGUGGCUGGAAGCCCAAUGUAUCUCAUGCCUACUGGGGUAUCACCUUGAUUUGGCUGUUUUCCCUUCUGUUGUCUAUUCCUUUCUUCCUGUCCUACCACCUCACUGAUGAGCCUUUCCACAACCUCUCUCUAUCCACUGACUUCAAUACUCACCAGGUGGCCUGUGUAGAGAACUGGCCCUCCAAAAAGAACCAGCUCCUCUUCACUACCUCCCUGUUUAUGCUCCAGUAUUGUGUCCCUCUGAGCUUCAUCCUCAUCUGCUACUUGAAGAUUAUUAUCUGCCUCCGUAGGAGAAAUGGAAAGGUAGACAGAAAGAGAGAAAAUGAGAGCCGGCUCAAUGAGAACAAGAGGAUCAACACAAUGUUGAUCUCCAUUGUGGUGACGUUUGGGGCCUGCUGGUUGCCCUUGAACAUCUUCAAUGUCAUCUUUGACUGGAAUCAUAACGUGUUGAUGACCUGCCACCAUGACUUGGUAUUUGUGGUUUGCCACUUGGUUGCUAUGGUUUCUACAUGCAUAAACCCCCUCUUUUAUGGUUUUCUCAACAAAAAUUUCCAAAAGGACCUGGUAGUGCUUAUUCACCACUGCUGGUGCUUUACACCUCGGGAAAGAUAUGAAAAUAUUGCCAUCUCCACUGUGCACACAGAUGAAUCUAAGGGAUCAUUAAGAUUGGCUCCUACAUCAACAGGUAUAUAAAAAUUGUUAACACUUAAUACUAAAGCCCUUCUUGAAUGGGAGAUGAAGAGUUAAUGGAUGAGGAUAGGGCAAGAUUCAUAAAGAAGAAGCCAAAACCAAAUAAUUAAAAAAGCAACUUCAUACUACCCAGUUUUGUUUUAGGCCAAACCUAUCUGUCAUCUC